CGCCCCGCCGCUAGUCUGGUCCGGUGUUUGCCGUGUAUCGUCCGCUUACCUGGGAUCUCUGCCUCGGAGAACUCUCGCUGCCCUCGACGGUCUGUCAGCCAUGGAAGUGCAGAAGGAGGCCCAGCGCAUCAUGACCCUGUCGGUGUGGAAGAUGUACCACUCGCGCCUCCAGCGCGGGGGCCUGCGCCUGCACCGCAGCCUGCAGCUGUCGCUGGUCAUGCGCAGCGCUCGGGAGCUCUACCUCUCAGCCAAGGUGGACGUGCCUGAGCCCGAGUUCUUCCCGAGUCCCGCCGACUCCCUGGAUCCCCGCCUGCGCCCCUCGCCGCGGGAAGCCGAAGCCCCGGCGGAAGCUGCGCCCCCCGACGGCGAGCCGCCCUCCCCUGAGCCCAUGGACACGCAGGAAGAGACGCCCCGAGCUGCGGAGACCCCGGUCCGCUGCGACCCUCGCCCCGCCAGAGUAAGCCGCAAGAGGCGAAGCAGCAGCUUGAGCGACUGCGGGGACGCCGGGCUGGUCCCCAGCAAGAAGGCGCGUCUGGAGGAGGAGGAGAAGGAAGCGGCGGCGUCGGAGGUCCCCGAUCGUCUGCAGUCGGCUCCCGCUCAAGCGGAGGGUGCCUUCCCCAACCUGGCUCGCGUCCUCCAGAGGCGGUUCUCCGGCCUCCUGAACUGCAGCCCCGCGAGCCCGCCUUCGGCGCCGCCCGCGUGCGAGGCUCUGCCGGCCUGCCGCCCGGCAGACAACAUGCUCAACGUGCUGGUGCGCACCGUCGUGGCCUUCUGAGGACCGGACCGCCGCUGCCGGAGCCCAGAGCGCGCGCCGAGCCGUCGGACGGCCCGAGCGCGCAGAAGCGCGGAUGCCCCUGGGAGCCGUGGAGAGGAGCCGCCGCCCGGGCUGGCGAGGAUCGUGCCCCGCCAGAGGGACUCAGCCCCGGGGGAGCCGUCGCUGUUGACGCGUAGCGGCGGCCCCGAGGAGCCAGGGGAGCGCAGGCGCCUUCCGCCGAGAGCGGCGCUGUCCUACAGGUGCUGUGUUCAGGGAUCCGGGCGUGGGCCUCGCCCUCCGCGCUACGGAGGGGGGCGGCCGCGUCCUUUCAUCUGCUCAGGAUCGGACUUUAUUAUUUCAUUAAAACCUCGGGCCGAACUUGCCCUAGCCCGGAGCCUCGAGGGUUCCGGGCACUCCCGGUCCCCCCUCCAGUGGCAUGCUUGUGCAAGCGGUCUUCGUUGCGUCACGGGGCCGGCGGGGCCCGCCCUGGGGACCGGGAAGUGACUGGUCACCGCGCCCCGGGGGCCCAGCGGACCGCGUUUCUCUUCCUCCGCUGGUGCGGGAGGCAGGGGGUGAAGCUGUUCCUAGGUCCCGCGUGACCCGACCGGAGCCCGGGGAAGGAGGGGACUGGACUGGUGGCCGGCGGGACCCGGUCGACUUGGGGAGGGUGGAAAAGGGGUGGGUGGGGGGCGUCGGGCCCCGAUCGGUGCUGACUCCCGUGGGCCUGGCGUUUGGUUAGCAAUGUCGCCUAGGAAAAUAAAAGCGGUUUGGAUAAAACACGUCCGUUGUCUGCCUGACUUCCCCGGCGGGGGGGGAGGGGUGACUCGCUGGGGCCCCUGGAACCGGUCCGACCGGCCACCACGUGGGUGGAACGAGGCCGGCCCCCUCUUCUCCACCCCAGACUUAAGUGUGGGUGGCGUUGAGCCUUUACCCCCC